AACUUCUGUUACAGUUAAGCUUCCGAAAUGAAGGUACUCGGACUAUUAUUGUGCGUCGUUGCUGCUGCUUCGGCUGCCCCCAGCCCAUCUUACAUUGAGCUGGCCCGUGGCGGUCGUGUUGUUGGAGGAGUUGAUGCCCUCCCUCACGAGUUCCCGAGCAUCGUCUCCAUCCAUCGCUUGCUGCUGACUAUCAGAAGCCAUAUCUGCGGAGGUUCCAUCGUCAACAGUCACACGAUUCUGACCGCAGCUCACUGCAUUACCGAGUCUGGAAACAAUCCCCGAUUCGAAGUUGUUGCUGGAGCCCACAACAUCCUUCAGAAUGAGGCCUCUCAGCAAAGACGGGAUGUCGCCAGAUGGGUUGUACACCCGGAUUACAUUGGAGGAGUUGCUCAGACUGACAUCGCAGUUAUGAUUUUGGCAUCGCCCGUCAACUUCAUCCCUGGUGUUGUUGCGAUUGCUCACCUCCCUGGACAAAACUGCCACCACCCGGCUGAACAGCCAGCUACUUUGGCUGGCUGGGGAAGCACUUCCGGUACCCAGGUCCCAUCCAUGCCGGCAAUCCUCCAGAAGGUGACCAAACCAAUCAUCACCUGGGCCGAAUGCGAACGUGCUAACGGCGGACCCGGUAUGUCUCCUCUGGGUGAGACCAACGUUUGCACUGGACCACUGACCGGAGGAGUGUCUGCCUGUUCCGGAGAUUCCGGCGGCCCACUCUAUUUGAGCGAUAACCAGCGCACCCAGAUCGGUAUCGUCUCCUGGGGAUGGGUUCCUUGUGGAUCAUUCGAUCGGCCCUCGGUCUAUGUCAACACUGCCUGCUACCGCAACUGGAUCGAUCAGCAUGCUCAUAACUAAAUUGAGCCCUUCUGUAAGAAAUUCGUUUCGUUAAAUAAAAGCUAGGAAGAUGUAAAUUUUGGUUUUAAAA